GUCCACCGGCUCCGCAGCGCCGCACAAGGCGGCGGCGAUGGCGGAGGCGCGCAGGAGGCGAUGAAGCGGCAGCUGGCGGAAGGGGACUGGGGAGUUCGCACACUCGUAGACGAAUACCUGUUUCGUGAUGGGAACAUCGAUAAGGUGCCGGAGAUUAACUCAGUGGGUGUGGAUCACGUGCCUGUGGGCUCGCUUGUCAGGUUCCGAGGCAUG